CAAGCGCAGAAUAGAUGUGGUGGUUAGAUAGUUUACAGUGAUUUGAUGUUCUCUAGCUCUUUGAGAGAAAAGCCUACCCUCUGCAUAUCAUGCAAUGAGUGGAACUAAUAUUCGCUGCAUCUUCUGCUCUAAGUAUCUCAUCAGUGGUACCAACCCAAGGCAGGCAACGUGUGGGGACAGGCUCUGUGGAGCCUGUUUCACUGAGAGGGAGAAAGGGGAAAGAGAGAUACUGUGUCCAGUGUGCCAUGAAAUGAUAAUUCUACCUGAGAGUUUUCGAGACAAAGCCGUUGAAGUAGAAGCUGCCAACGUGACUGCGAAAUGCUCCAACAAAGACUGUCCCUGGGAGGGCCUCUGUAAGAACCUUGAGAGCCACGAGGGGGAUUGCAAGUUUGGGAUGGUGAAGUGUCCGAACAGUGGUUGCUCGGUAAUGUUGCCCCGAGAGCAAGUGGAGGUCCAUAGACAGCAGUGCUACUACCAGCAAGUGUCGUGUCAUCUGUGUGGGAUUUCAAUGGCCAGAGGCAAUAUACAGGCACAUAUUGACAGGGACUGUCUUGCAUCUGCGGUCGAGUGUGGCAACAAAUGUGGAGUCAAAGUUGCCAGGGGAAUGAUGAGCGAGCACUUACAGAAGGAAUGUCGCUUACAAUCAUUUACGUGCACUGUUGCUAAUUGCACAUUUAAGGGUACUUCCAAGCAACUCCAGGAACACGAAUCCAAGGGCGUGGUGUUUCAUCUAAGAUGUGUGAGCAAGACUGUUGAUGAGCUCAAGAACACUAGUGCCCUACUCGCUCGCUGCGUGCCUCAACCAACCACUGAGAAACUUGCUACUGAGAGGGACAAAGCUUUAAGCCAAGCGGUGGCGGAUAUAACUGAAAAAUUAAAAACAAUGGGAGACAAUAUCACAGACAAAUUGGAACCAGCUGUAUUUCAUCUGCAAGAAGCCGCUAAUGAAAUGGGUGUAACAUUGCAAACCGUACAAGCUACAACCUACGAUGGAAAAUUCAUUUGGAAGAUUCCUGAAGUACUGCGAAGAAGAAACGAAGCUAGAAGUGGGAAAACUAUAUCUCUGUAUUCUGCUCCAUUUUAUACGAGUCGCCAUGGAUACAAGCUCUGUCUAAGGCUCUACAUGAAUGGCGAUGGUUCUGGGAAGGGCACCCACUUAUCAUUCUUUAUCACCCUAAUGCGAGGGGAAUACGAUGCCCUCCUCCCCUGGCCGUUCAGACAGGCAGUCAAUCUGACCUUGGUGGACCAGAACAAGCAGCGGGACAUUGUCCAAUCGUUCCGUCCUGAACCAACCUCCUCAUCAUUCCAGAGACCACGCAAUGAGAUGAACGUUGCCUCAGGUUGUCCCACAUUCGCCCUCGUUUCUGUCCUUGACAACGUCUCCUACGUCAAGGAUGAUACCUUGUUCCUCAAAUGCAAGGUGGACCUCAUCGGACUUGAAAGUAUCUACUAAAUUCUCUGACUUUGAUUAUAAUUAUUGCUUCGUGUUGAUAUCUCGGAAGGUUUCACAAUGUUUUGACUGCGGAAUGAUAUCUACAGCCCAAUCUUGAACACAAAAAUUAAUAAAUGGCUAGCUAGAUUAGUAGAUGCCUCUGAUUUUGUGUGCCAGUUUUCCCAAUAUCUUUGCUGUUUGUUACAAUACUAGACUAUAGAUCUAGUCUUUGAGUUUUGUGCUAUUUUCAUGUAAGAGUUGUUUUGAUGCUGGAGUAUAAAAAUAUAUCUCUAUGGCUA